AUGGCUACAGAUGACAAUAUUUGUAGUCACAAAUUCAUAAAAGAAUCAAUCAACGAUUUUAAUGAUGAUUGCCAUGUGAUUAUAAAAAUAUCUCUCCUGAAUAUUGCUUCGGAAAUUUCCAAUCAAAUAUUAAUAUUAGGACUUGUAACUCUUAUCAAUUUAAACAUUAAUGGUGCUACCUAA